AUGGAGGAGGCUCAGAAAAGUUUGGAGGAAGUGCAGCACGAGAUUGAGGUGAAUGGAAUGGAUGAUCAGAUUUUCGUUUGUGAAGCAGAUGCGAAAACUAGACAUUUAAAAGCCAUAGAGAGCUAUGAUAAGCUUUGGGUGGAGAAGUCGAGAUCGAGAUGGAGGCUGCAAGGGGACAGGUGCUUUAAAUUCUUCCAUAUCACUGCGAAGGUGCGAAGAAUUAAGAAUACCAUCAGAGUUCUCAAAGAUGGAGAUGGGAGAAUUCUUUCAGAGAAAAAUCAGCUGGAAGGGUAUGUUUCUUAUUUUUAUAAAAGCUUCCUUAAGCGCUUUACAUCUUCAAAUCACCUGGAUAUGUUGGAUUGUAUUCCGUCAGUGCUGACGGAUAUUGAUCGAUGGAGACUAGAUGUCAUGCCAUCCAAUGCAGAGAUUACAGAGGCGGUUUGGGACCUUGACCCCGAAUGCUCUCCAAGACCGGAUGGUCUCCCAGGUACUUUUUACAGAGCUUGUUGGGAUAUUAUUUAUGAAGACGUAUGUAAUGUUGUGAGAGGUUUCUUUAGUCGCAAUCUUAUGCCAUAUGGCAUGAACAACAAUUUCUUUGUCCUAAUUCCCAAAUCAGAAGGAGCGAUGUCCCUAGAUAAGUUUCGGGCCCUAUGCAUGGGAAAUUUUUUUUGUAAAAUUGUUACAAAAAUUAUGGCUAUGCGUCUUUCUAUUUUUCUGCCUCGUCUUAUCUCGGAGGAGCAAGGGGCUUUUCGAAAGGGCAAAAUCAUUCAUUCAAAUAUCUCUGUGGCUUCCGAGUUGUCAAAUAUGAUGUUCUCGACUGCUAGAGGAGGUGGCAUGAGUUUGAAGAUUUACAUCCAGAAGGCUUAUGACACAAUUUCCUGGGAUUUUGUUUCAUGUUUUGAGGAAGUUCAGCUUCUCGGAAAGGUGGAUAUCCUAGGUUCAUCAGAUGCUGGUGUCUGCAAAAUUAUUUGUUUUUCUAAACGGUGGCCUAGUGGGGUACUUUGGUGUGGAAAGAGGGUUGAGAGAAGGGGAUCCCCUAUCCCCCAUGCUAUUUAUUCUGGUUGA